UUCAUUUUCCUGUCUUGAAUUCACAUAAUCUCUCUCGCUCUCAUAUUCUCCCUAUCACAGUGCCACUCCUGCUGACAUUUCACCUACAAGUUAUAUUCAGCAAGGCAUCGAUCAGUUAAUUGGAAAGGUUCACCCCUCAUUUGUUGGUGGGGGGAGAAACUACCAAAAACUACAAAUGGGAAGGCACUCCUGCUGUUACAAGCAGAAACUUAGGAAGGGUCUUUGGUCACCAGAGGAGGAUGAAAAACUUCUGAGGCAUAUAACUAAGUACGGCCACGGUUGUUGGAGCUCAGUUCCUAAGCAAGCAGGUUUGCAGAGGUGCGGCAAGAGCUGCAGGCUUAGGUGGAUCAAUUACUUAAGGCCUGAUUUGAAGAGAGGUACAUUUUCACAAGAAGAAGAAAAUCUCAUCAUUGAACUUCAUGCAGUGCUAGGGAACAGAUGGUCUCAAAUUGCAGCACAAUUGUCAGGGAGGACUGACAAUGAAAUAAAGAAUCUGUGGAAUUCUUGCCUGAAGAAGAAACUAAGGCAAAGAGGUAUAGACCCUGUGACACAUAAGCCACUGUCAGAGGUUGAGAAUGGAGAGGGGGACAAAACAAGGAGCCAAGAGUUAUCCAAUGAAUUGAACCUCCUGAAUUCAGAGAGUUUCAAGUCAGAUGAAGGGUCCUAUGAGCAGAGAGCAUCUUCAAUUGCCCCCAAAGCCUAUGAGAUGGAAGGCUCUUGCAGCUCCAAGAUUAGCACCAAAAACGACACCAACUUGAUAGCCAAUUGUCCCAACAAAGACUUGUUCCUAGACAGCUACAACACUAGUUGCCAACCCUCAGAUUUGAUGGGAAAUUACCCUCUUCAGAUCACUGACACUCUCCCAACCAAUUCAAACUCUUCUCAUUGGUUCAGCCCUACAACAGCAGCAAGGCCCUUUGACAUGAACUCUGAAUUCACUUCCAAUGUCAUGUCUAUUCUUCCACCUUCAACCACCUCUUUCCUCCCUAGUACUACUCUUUGCUACAAGCCAUCGCUUGCUGUCCCUUCAGAAGAUAUUUCAAUUUCGGCAGCCUCUUUUGCUUUGAAUGGACCCAAUUACUGGGAAGCCAAUGCCUCCAACAGCAGCAAUGGAAGCAACACAAGGGAUGGCAGCAGAGAAAUGACAAGUGGCAAGAACAGUAUGCUCUCUUCUUGGGGAUUCACAGAAGAAGCCAAGUGGUCUGAGUACCUCCACAAUCCAAUGUUAAUGCUGGCAGCUCCUGAAUCAUUGUGCAACCAAAUAAGGCCAGCCACACAUUUUGUACCUGAUGGUAACACUUUAGGGGCCAUAUUAUUGCCUGAUUCCAAAGAGCAACAACAACAGUCCCAAACUUCUAGCAUCUUCUCCAAAGACAUCCAGAAGUUAACAGCAGCCUUUGGACAUAUAUAAUGUUUCUUCUUGUAAACAAAGAUUAGUCCUUAAUUGUGAACUUUGGGACAUCCAUGAACUAAAAAAAAUUCAUAGCAACAGGCUUUGACACAAAGAAAGAUUUUAGAGGGUCUUGAAGGGGGCUUAUGUUCUUAGUACAGGUGUGUGAAAGCAAAGAUUAUUUUUGCUCUUGUAUAUAAAGUCAGGUUCAGGUCUGUCACAAAAACAUUUCUUUCACCAUCAUCUUCAUUUUGGUAAUAUUUGAUUUGUCUUUUACUUUCUCGGGUGUGGGUGGAAUAGAAUUGCUCUGAUGUUCUUUCUUUCUAUCUUUACACUGUUAACUGCAUUGCAGUGGUGCAUUAAUUUCCAUAUCUAUGCCAUCACAGA